AUGGCUGUCGAUUCGAUUUUAGGGUCAAUUUGCUACGAUGAUGUCGAAAAGGAAGAAGAACAAGAGGAAUACAUAGACAUGGAAGUAAGUUCAUACAAAACUCUUAAUCUUUUUUGUCACACGAAUCCAAGCGAGUUCGAGUUCCAGAUGUUUUCAAGCUCAUCAGAUAGAGAAUUAACCACGACUUCUCCAGCUGAUGAACUUUUCUACAAAGGAAAACUCCUCCCUCUUCAUCUCCCACCACGCUUGCAAAUGGUGGAAAAGCUCCUACACGAUAAAAGCAUGGACACGUUCGACGAGUUCUUCAGCACCCCAUUGGACACUAGCCCCUACGCUACACCUAUCGCAAACACCCCAUUCCGAUCAUGCAAUGUUUCACCUACGGAAUCUUGUCAGGUCAGUAGGGAACUCAAUCCAGAAGACUACUUUCUUGAUGAUCAUAGUACAGCUGAAAACCCUAAAAAAUCUUGGACCAGAAAGCUUACGUUGACAAAACAAUCUUCUAUUGGGUUGAAACUAAAGGCGUCGAGAGAUUAUCUAAGGUCUUUCUUCGGUAAACCGAGUGCGGAAGAAUCCAGAAACAAAGUUCCAAGAACCAGCGGGAAGAAGAAAGAAAAGGGUGAUGGACAUCGUCAUCGAAGAUCAUUCUCUUAUGCGAUCAAGAGAUUUUCCACGACAAACACUUCAUCGUUUUCAAGUUCGAGUGAUUCUAACAGCUCUAAUCAUGAGUUUCGGGUUCACCAACAAAGAAGCAUCAACACAGGUUCUGAUAUUGAAAACCAGAUACAAAGUGCGAUUGCACAUUGCAAAAGGUCAUCACAACAGCAAUUACAGUCUAGGAAAACCGUAAGUGACAUGGGUUUUUGCUCUUUAGCAGCUUCAAGAAUAGUGUGUGAUGAUAAAGAAAGACAAGUACUUUGUAGGGGUUGA